UCGAGAAAUUAAUUACUUUAAAUUUUCCCACUCCAUCUGUAUUAGUUUCAAAUUCGCCGAUUUGUCGGAUCCAUAGUGUUAUGAAUACGCGUUGUUGGGCCAAAUCCAUUACGUGUCCCCCAGGAAUCGAAUAUCCCGCUAAUAUUUCGCCGGGCGGACAGUAAUGGUAGAUAGCCCGAAUCCCGAUUCCCAGGAAAAGGAAACUAGAAUUUACAUGGAUUUCCUUUCGACGUUACGUCGCAAUUUCUGUCCAUCAGGUUACCGUGAUCAUGAAGGCGGUUCCUCCAGGGUGAGGCUCUUCCAUUGCACUACGGUUGAGCUGACCUCUGCGAAUAUCCCUAAUGUGGAUAUCUCGGACUUCCAAAAAUUUCCGUUAUGUAGUGCUAGAGGUUACCGUGAUCAUAAAGGCGGUUCCUCCAGGGUGAGGCUCUCCCAUUGCACUACGGUUGGGCUGACCUCUGCGAAUACCCCUAAUGUGGGUAUCUCGGACAGAUCGGAGGAGAGAGAAGGAGAGGAGGGUGAACACAAUAAGUACUCGAAACCACGAAAAUGUUAGAGUAGUCUUUCAUUCAAUUUUGCUCGUUUGCUUUGUCCAAUCUCGAUUGGACUGCACGGAUUCACUUCCAUCAGCGAUAUUAUUUCCCCAGAUCUUCCUCCCUCCCUCCCUUCCCCAUAGGUCUUUCAUUCCUGGAAAAUACCGUGACUCGGUGUGUUUUAGAUAUUGUUCACCGAAACCGGAAUAGAAAUUAUUGAAUACCAUCGAUUGUUGGUGAUACUCGAGCCCACUCUUCUGGGCAUCAAUGUCAAGCUAACAGACAGUAAGUAAUCAAAAUCAAUGAGAGUGGAGUGGAGUGGUGGUUCGGCUGCCAUUUUUGAAGUUUUCUAUUCGAGAUAUCGAAUGUACGACGAUAAGAAUAUUCCGUGGAAAGAUUUAUACAUCGGACGGGUCUCGAAUUUUUACAAUUACGUUAAAAGCACACGUUACGAUGAAUUGCUUCUGAAUUAUAAAAUAAUCGUUAUUGAUUUUCUUGAUUUUCCAC